AUGCAAGCGGUGAAGAAACUCAAUAUCAAAAGGUACAUGGGAAGAUGGUAUGAGAUAGCUUCAUUCCCAUCAAGAUUUCAGCCCAAAGAUGGGAUGAACACAAGGCCUACGUACAGUUUAAAUGAAGAUGGAACUGUGAAUGUGCUCAAUGAGACUUGGUCUGGCGGCAAGAGAGCAUACAUCGAGGGCAGUGCCCACAAGGCAAACCCCUGCAGCAAUGAGGCCAAGCUCAAAGUGAAAUUCUAUGUGCCUCCUUUCUUGCCCAUUAUUCCAGUUAUUGGGGAUUAUUGGGUUUUAUACAUUAGUGAUGAUUACAAGUAUGCUUUGGUUGGCCAGCCUAGCAGGCAGUACCUUUGGAUAUUAUGCAGGCAGAAUCAUCUUGAUGAUGAGAUAUACAACCAGUUGGUACAGAAGGCUGAAGGUGGGGGGUAUGAUGCUAGCAAGCUGCAGAAGACACGACAAACUGACCCUCCACCAGAGGAAGAUAAAACUAGCCCCGAGGACACCAAAGGCAUUUGA